UCUCUUUCCACUUCCAUUGUAAUCGUGUAGAGCGAUCAAACAAGAACGAGGAAGGGAUCUGUGUUGUGGUUUCUGUAAUUAAUUUUCGAUAUACAGCUACGAUGAGUUCAUCAGCGUCAACGAAAGGUGGGAGAGGGAAGCCGAAGGCCACCAAAUCGGUAUCUAGAUCGCAUAAGGCAGGUCUGCAAUUCCCCGUCGGAAGGAUCGCCAGAUUCCUUAAAGCUGGAAAGUAUGCCGAGCGAGUUGGUGCCGGUGCUCCGGUCUAUCUAUCUGCAGUUCUUGAAUACCUUGCAGCUGAGGUUCUUGAACUCGCUGGAAAUGCAGCUAGAGAUAACAAGAAGAAUCGCAUUGUUCCGAGGCAUAUACAGCUUGCAGUGAGAAAUGAUGAGGAGUUGAGCAAGCUUCUCGGUACCGUAACUAUUGCUAACGGAGGUGUUUUGCCUAAUAUUCAUCAGACUUUGUUGCCGAAGAAGGUUGGAAAAGGGAAAGGCGAGAUUGGAUCUGCAUCCCAAGAAUUCUAAUUAAUUUUUUUUUCUGGUGUUUCGCCUUCUUUUUCCUUUUCUUCGAAGGAGAAGUUUUGUUCUGUUACACAGUUGAGGAUGGGAUCUCUUCUGUACUGCUGUUGCAUUUGAAAUAGCUUCAAUCCCAUGGAAAAUUCUGUCUUUUUACGAGAAAAAAUAACAAAUUUUACAAUCUGUUGUGUAUAAUUGCUUCAACUGCAAUAUCAAUAUAAAUGUUCCAAUUUCGAUUGUGCCAA